CUUUUUGCUCCUCUAGCUAAUCUAAGUUUACGUCAAAUUAAUUCCAUAAUAUAUAAUAUAUAAGAAUCAUAAAAAAGCCAUUCUAUUUCAACAACUCUAUCUAAUUUUCUCCAAGCUAAGGCUCUUAUUAGCUAGUUAAAUACAAUUAAGCUAGUGUAUAUGAACAAAAUAAUGCAGCAACCAGAGAAACAGACGGAGAUUCCACGACCGCCAGGAAGCGAUGACCUGGAGGACGGGGCUAAAGAAGUGAGGCCGGAAUCGCAUUUCCGGGGAUUAUCAGAUGUUCAGCAAUGGAGAAAGGAGGAUUGGAUGAAGAAGGGUGUGUUAGUUUUGGUUUUAAGGGCAUGCGCUUUGCUUUUCUCUUUCUUAGCUUUCAUAAUCGUGGCUGUUGUCCCUGGCUUCCAUCUAGUUGAGUCUACCAGUUACUUGUUUGCCAUAGCAUUGAUAACAAUGGUAUACACAGCAAGUCAAGUUGGAAUAAAAGGUCAUGAACUUCGCACUGGAAAGGAUGUCAUAUCAUCAGACAUAGUGGUCUGGAUUGAUUUUAUUGGAGAUCAGGUAAUGGCAUACAUGCUGAUAUCAGCAGCAUCAACAGGAGGGAUGAGUACAAGUGCAAUGAGGAAUAUGGGAUAUAUAAAUCCAAUCGUUGAGAAAGAAUCGGCGGCAGUGGCUAUGUGUUUUCUGGCAUUCUUCUCUGUUGCAUCAGCAUCCCUCAUUUCAGGAUACCAUCUCUUCACCGAGUUAUCUAGAUCCUAAACACCAUAUACAUUUUCUUUUUCUUUGUCUGUGAACUUUAAUUUGAUCAAGUUCAUAUUCUUUUUGUCCUUGUUUUUCUUCUUUUUGUUACUCUUUCCAUGUCAAAGGAUUGAUGGAUCGAUUUCCUAACAAAUCUUGAAUGUUCAUAUUGCUACAUUGACCUGAUCAAUUCACAUUAACCAUGAUA